AAGCCGGUGCUCACGAGCAAAUUAAGUAAUAGAUUUAUAUUUUCCUUUCCAGGCGACAUCGACUGAAAGGAAAGGCGUUUUCUGGCUAAGUUGUCCGGAAGAUAAAAUACAAAGAGUAUCCGUUUUCUCGUUUCUCUUGAUAUGAGCGAAUAACAAAAUUUAUUCACAGCACCGCGUUAAAAACGAAUAAACGAGCUGAAGACUGUUUUUAAAACUAGACGCGGAAUUGGAUUUUAAAACCGUUUCCAGUUUUCUCGUUUAGAGGGUGAAAACGAGGAAACGACUCGUUUACACAGCUUUUAAUCUGGUGGGAUAAAUCAAACUGUUAGAACGUACACGGAUCGUUUUCUCGUUUCUCUUUAUAAAAGUGACAAACUGCAUUUUAUCAAAGCAGCGUGUAAAAAACCAAUAAACGAGUGGAAAACGGUGUUUUCAAAACCAGACAAAUUGAUUUAAAGCCAUUUCCCGUUUUCUCGUUUUGAGGAAAAACGGUGGGGAAAUCAAACUGUUAAACGUACAGACCGAGGAUCUUUGUGAACCUGUUCGGGGAGGGAAGAGGAACUACUUGUCGCAGAUCCUGUGUGCUCGUGACAGGCGCGUCAUCAUUAUCCUUCCGCAAGACAUUGGUUUUCUCUCGGGUUUAUCCAAAUGGGAGGAGGGGUUUCAAGGCUGGAUCACUGUCAGCAAUGUAACCAAGCCUUCACAGCUAAAGCUUCAUCAGCAAGUUCACUCUAGGGAGGGCCCUUUAAGCUGUGACCAGUGUUCCAAAGCUUUUCCUACAAGAGGUAACCUUAAGACCCAUCAGGAAAUCCAUACAAGGGCACAACUGUACACCUGCAACAAAUGCGAAGCAACUUUCAGCAGUUCACAGGCUUUUAAACUCUAUCAACGUGCUCACAGUGGAGAGAAGCAUCACUCAUGUGACAAGUGUGGAAAAAUGUUCUCUACAUCGUCAAACCUAAAAAUGCACCAACGUUUUCACACUGGAAAAAAACGUUAUUUGUGUGAAAGCUGUGGAAAAACGUUCUCUGCAUCCUCAACGCUAAAAAAUCACCAACGCAUUCACACUGGAGAAAAACCUUAUUCAUGUGAAAGCUGUGGAAAAACGUUUUCUAGAUCCUCAACACUGGAAAUGCACCAACGCGUUCAUACUGGAGAAAGACCUUAUUCAUGUGAAAGCUGUGGAAAGACAUUCUCUACAUCCUCAAUUCUAAACAAUCACCAACGCAUUCACACUGAAGAAAAGCCUUAUUCAUGUGAAAGCUGUGGAAAAAUGUUCUCUACAUCCUCAUUGCUAAGACAUCACCAAAUCAUUCACACUGAAGAAAAACCUUAUUCGUGUGAAAGCUGUGGAAAAACAUUUUCUAGAUCCUCAGCACUGGAAAUACACCAACGCAUUCAUACUGGAGAAAAACCUUAUUCAUGUGAAAGCUGUGGAAAAACAUUUUCUACAUCCUCAAAGAUAAAAGAACACCAACGCAUUCACACUGGAGAGAAAUCUCACAUUUGUGAUCAGUGUGGAAGAUGCUUCACUACGUCUUCAAGCCUAAAACGACACCUGCGGAUUCACACUGGAGAAAAACCUUACAAGUGUGAUCAGUGUGGAAAAGGGUUCUCCUAUUCCAACAACUUAAGCGACCACCGGAAUAUUCACACAAGAGAAAGACUUUAUUAUUGUGAAGUCUGUGGAAAAACAUUCUCUACAUCAUCACUUCUAAAAAAACACCAACGUGUUCACACUGGAGAGAAACCUUACAUUUGUGAUCAGUGUGGAAGAUGCUUCGCUACGUCUUCAAGCCUAAAACAACACCUGCGGAUUCACACUGAAGAGAAACUUUACAGGUGUGAUCAGUGUGGGAAAAGGUUCCCUUAUUCCAGCAACUUAAGCAGCCACCGGAAUAUUCACACAAGCGAAAAGCCCUUAUUCCUGUAAAAUCUGUGGAUCUAAAAAAUCUAAAAAAAACACCAACGUAUUCACACUUGAGAAAAACCUUAUUCGUGUGAAAGAUGCGAAAAAAUGUUCUCUAUAUCCUCAACACUAGAAAUACACCAAGAUAUUACACACUGGAGAAAAACGUUCUUUCGUCUCCUCAACCUAAAACGUCACAAGCAUGUUCACAUUUGACAGAACCUUAAUUGUGUGGAAAUACCUUCAUCAUAUCCAGCAGCACAGCAUUAGCUGUAUCAGUCUAUAGGACAAAACUAGCUUCUGACACAUCACUGUCACUGAACUAUUCUGGAGAGUUUGGCCUCUGGGCUCCUCUGCUCUAAUGGGGUGGAAGAGAUGGUGCAGAUGGACUGACAGUACUUCUGCUCCUCCUCCUCCUCACACUGUUCUUCACUGUGUGGUAGCUCAUUGAGAUGAAGCCCUUCCAGCUCCCUGUACCGAGGACCAGAGAGGAGUCUUAGCAGCGCACGGAGCUGGGGAACCUGCAGGACAGUGUCCUUAAAGGUGAUGAUCACCACUAGACCUAGCAGCAGGUAACCUAUGGAGACAAAGACUUUAGGCUGUGAUGGUGGGACAUGUUAUGUGUUUUAAUAACUAACUUUCAAGAGUAAAGCCAAUUAUAUUAUUGCUUUGCAACACUUCACUGGUUCCUGCAUGAAAUUGAUUUAUGUCCAAAAUCCAAAGUUCACUAUGAAACAUGAUGAGGAAGAUUAAACAGAACCGACGACGUCUCACUAGGUCUGCUGCUUUAGUCUUACAUGUGGUGAAGAGUUCUAGUCUCUCCUUGGCUACUGGGCUCCAGCUUCUCCCCAGAGAGUCGCCCCCCUGACCCACGGUGCUGAGGGUGAUGAAGCAGUAGAAGAGAGCGUCCAGGAAGCUCCAGCUGGGCUCCACCACACACACCAGGAGGGCAGGGAGGAGCAAGAGGAAGCACAGCAGGAGCACAAAGAGGAGGCAGGCGUGUGGGAGGGCGGCCUGAGUGGAGGGCAAACCCCAGUAAGUGUGUAGGUGGUGUAGGGGCCGGUGGGUGACAACAUGGAGGAGAAGGCUGGACAGGAGGGUGAGGAGGAACAGGGUGAGGGGGAUCCCCAGGCUGCAGUAAAGGAUACAGAAGAGCUUGGCCUCAGGUGACUUGGUGGUCAGAGUGGCGAUGACGAAGUAGAGUGAUGAAGUAAAAUCGUAGCGUCGGUCAUCAGCGUCCGCCUUCAGGACGGCCACGUCGCUACGGUGAGCAGACAGCACCUUCCUCAGCAGCUCCCUCAGCCCGCUCUCCUCCACACACGGGUUCUCCUGCAGGAAGGAGCGACGCAGCUCCUCCACCUCAGCGCGCAGCUCCUCCUCCACGGGCCGCUCCACAGCCGUGAACACGGCGCCUCCCAGCAGAACCAGGAGCAGGUAACACAGGAGCAGGAAAGAAACAACGUUCACCCAGAUCAGCGGCACCAGUAAAGACACGAGCCGGGCCAUGGCGGCGUCUGGCCCAAGUGUUUGUCUACAGACUGCAACCAGACACCCGGAACGAGUCAGGCCUAAAAUAUUUACAAUGGUGGACCUGGUCACAGACAUAGGACUGUUCAAACAUACAGGAUGAAGGAAAGUCUCAAAGUCUAUUUAUUGUAUAAAACAUCAGAUAUGUACAGGCGUCUUCUAAACACUGCGACUUAUCAGUUCAUCAGUUCAGUUCUCCAGAAAUUAACAACCUCUGUGGCGGCUUCAUGAUACUGUUCCAUUCCAGUCUUUUCUCUGUUUCUGUGUAAUGUCAACCAUCAAAACAAAGAAGGUCAUGUGCAUCAGUGUGUGUGGUUUUCUGACCCAUCCAUUAAAAUACUACGGUAAC